UUUGGACUCUUCGAUUUUUUCCUAUAAAUACUUCAACCCAUUAAACUAUUCCAUAAUUGUCACACUCAUUUAACACCAUAAAAACCGCACUAACCCUUUUGAAAAUUACAUCAGUUCAAAAAUGGAGUUCAAAGGAUCGAUUUUAAUUAAGCUUCUCUUGCUUCUUCAAUUAUCAAUUCUAUGUCUUUCACAACAACAAGAUUUUGAUUUCUUCUACCUUGUUCAACAGUGGCCAGGAUCAUUCUGUGACUCAAAGAAGAGUUGUUGCUAUCCAACAACUGGAAAACCUGCUGCUGAUUUCGGUAUUCAUGGUUUAUGGCCUAAUUACAAAGAUGGCACUUAUCCAUCUAAUUGUGAUCCCAAUAGCCCUUUUGAGAAAUCUGAGAUAUCUGAUCUCACAAGUAGCUUACAAAAGAACUGGCCCACACUUGCAUGUCCAAGUGGUGAUGGAAUUCAGUUUUGGACACAUGAAUGGGAGAAACAUGGAACUUGCUCAGAAUCAAGCCUUAAACAACAUGAUUAUUUUGAAACAACUCUCAACUUGAAACAAAAAUCCAACCUCCUUGAAGCUCUUACAAGUGCAGGAAUACAAGCUGAUGGAAAUUCAUACAGUUUGAGCAGUAUCAAAGAAGCUAUACAAAAGGGAGUUGGGUUUACUCCAUUCAUCCAAUGCAAUGUGGAUUCAUCUGGUAACAGUCAGCUGUACCAAGUUUACUUGUGUGUCGACACUUCUGGAACAAACUUCAUUGAAUGUCCUGUUUUCCCCCAUGGAAAAUGUGGAUCUCAGAUUGAGUUCCCAACUUUUUAACCAUCAAUCUUUUUAGGACAAUAAUAUAUCUUAAACUUCAUGUAUCAUCUUUGUUUACAUGUUGUUCUUUACAUGUAUGUUAUAAUAGUGAUAAUUGAAUUUGAACA